AUGCGUUCGUGGUUGUUGGUCCUUCCGCUACUCGUAUCAUCUGGGGUUUCGACACUAUUCGUCAGAGAUGGGUCUUCGAAAGUCAUCAGGGUUCCAUUUUCAAAAGAGCGAGUUACACACAAUCAAGUCAGUAAACGGGAACCUGCUAGUAAAACGGCCGUUCAAAAGUUAGAUAAUAAGGACUUUUUGUUCUACGCCAAUGUCACCGUAGGGACCCCUCCUCAGCACAUUCGUCUUCACAUAGACACUGGAAGUAGCGAUAUCUGGGUGGAAACAGCAAAUUCCGAAAUAUGUAGAAGAGAUGGAGGGAAUGGUUGCGACAUCGGUGGAACUUACGACAAUGGAACCUCUUCAACCGCAGAAUAUGUCGAAGGCGACUUUUCGAUCAUGUAUGUCGACGGUCAAUACGCAUCAGGAGUAUACGCAAAGGAUACACUCGGCAUUGGUGGUGUCGGCGUCAAGGAUGUUCAAUUCGGUAUCGGUCUCCAAGGAACCAGCGAAGAAGGUGUCUUAGGUAUUGGAUUCGAACGUCGACAAUCUAGGGUUUUGCAAGGAUUGGAGCCGUACCCAGGUCUUGUCACACAGAUGGUAAACCAGGGACUCAUCAACUCUCGCGCUUAUUCCGUUUGGUUGAACGACUUGAAUGCCGCCGCUGGGGAAAUAUUGUUUGGAGGGAUCGAUACGGGGAAAUUCAAGGCGCCUUUAGCGACUAUCCCACUCAGCAGGCGGACCGACUUACCGUCACCGAUCGACUUCAUAAUAACGUUGCAUGGCUUGACGAUUGAGAAUGGUGAUGGGGAGUCUAGGGAACUAAUGAACACAUCCCGGAACACCCCUGCAUUGCUAGAUACUGGCGCAAGCUUUACGUAUUUACCGCAAGAUAUCGCGGGCCAGCUUAUUGAACUCGUCGGCGCUAUCACCGUCCCCGAAUACAAAGGCCCUGCCGUCAACUGUUCCAAACGUUCACUAGAAGGCUCUAUCAACUUUACUUUCGCAGGGGCAACCAUCAAGGUUAAUCUUCGAGACUUUAUCAUCGAUGCUACCGAUGAACCAAACGAGGAUAACCAUAUUCUUUGCUACUUUGGUAUUCUCGGUAUGAAUGAAGGCAGCGUUCUCACCCUAGGAGAUACCUUCCUCCGCUCGGCAUACGUCGUAUACGAUAUGGACAAUGAAGCCAUUUCCAUUGGUCAGACGAUAUUUAAUAGUACGUCGACGAAUAUCAUGGAAAUUGGAUCAGGUCCGGAUGCAGUCCCGAGUGCUUCUCGUUCUACAACGGACGUAGAUUCGAUCCCAGUAACAGCAACUAGCCCUAGUUCUGCCGGUCCAACCAGCAACCCUGCAGCCAAGUCGACCGGCUCUCCUAAUGUCUCCAAUUCUGCAGCGACAACAGCCAGCAGCCUCUCGACGAAAUUUCUAGCACCGUUUUUCUUUUCUAUCCUUUCUUUGGCGAUCCUACUUUGA